AGCGAUAAAAAAAAUAUUCGUAGCUUUACAGUAACCGAGAGAUGUGUAUCUUCUCCGGAUUUUUUGAAUUUCGCGAUUACUCGCGAAUUAUUAUAUCUAGUCAACAAAUAUAAAUGUAACUUAAAAUUUUUUUUGUAAUAUUAUUUUUAACAUGUGCAUUUAACUAUAAUUUUUUUUCUGAUCGUUUUAAUAUAUUAUACUUGUGUUUCGUGUAUAAGUGGGCGUAUUAACCGACGCAACGUAUCAUGAAAAAACAUAUAUCCAUGUAAAACAAGGAAUGUAGCAUUUUGGGUCAAUAUAUCGUUAUUGCUUACCAGCAAAUUUAUUCUGACAUAUGUCAAAUAAAAUGUUAAGAUUUCUAUCGCGACGCAGGGCUCGUAGUGUUAGUGGACAAACUACGUCCUCCCAAAUUAAAAAUCAACGAUUGCUAAGUAAUAAAAAUGUUGUUCAAUGCAGAGUUGUUUUACUUGAUGGUACAGAUUUGCCUAUAGAAUUAUCAAAAAAAGCAUUGGCUAGUGAUUUAUAUGAACAAGUAUUUUAUAGCUUAGAUUUAAUAGAAAAAGAUUAUUUUGGAUUGCAAUAUACAGAUAGCAAUAAUGUUCAGCAUUGGCUAGAUCCUACAAAACCAAUAAAAAAACAAGUAAAAAUUGGACCACCAUAUACUUUACGGCUUAAAGUAAAGUUUUAUUCAUCAGAACCUAAUACUUUACGUGAAGAACUAACAAGAUAUCAAUUCUUCUUACAACUUAAACAAGAUGUCUUGGAAGGAAAACUUCAUUGCCCUCAUCAAGUUGCUGUACAAUUGGCUGCUUUAGCUCUUCAAUCUGAACUUGGUGAUUAUGAUCCUGCCAUACAUAGUGCAGCUACAGUAUCAGAAUUUAGAUUUGUACCAGGUCAAACAGAGCAAAUGGAACUUGAAAUAUUAGAAGAAUAUGCUAAAUGUUCUGGUCUUAGUCCAGCACAGGCUGAAUCAGCUUAUCUCAGUAAAGCAAAAUGGUUAGACAUGUAUGGUGUAGAUAUGCAUACUGUUCUUGGUAAAGAUGCAUGUGAAUAUUCUUUGGGUUUAACGCCAACCGGAAUCCUAGUUUUUGAAGGAACACAAAAAAUAGGAUUAUUUUUUUGGCCAAAAAUUGGUCGAUUAGAUUAAAAAAAGAAAUUAACAUUAGUUGUAGUAGAAGAAGAUGAUGAAGGAAGAGGAGAACAAGAACACACAUUUGUAUUUAGGCUUGUUAAUGAAAAGGCUUGUAAACAUUUAUGGAAAUGUGCUGUAGAACAUCAUGCUUUCUUUCGAUUACGCGCACCUGUUAAAGGUGCUAGUGGACGUCAAAACUUUUUUCGUAUGGGUUCGCGUUUUCGUUAUAGUGGUAAAACAGAAUUUCAAACUACUCAACUGAAUCGAGCACGUAGAACAGUACAGUUUGAAAGACGACCAAGUCAAAGAUAUGCACGCCGUCAAAGUCAUGUUUUAAGAGAACGUCAGCGUCAACAAGUGGAGCAACCACAACCAGCUCCAGUUAUUACUAACGAAGAAGAAUCUUUGCAACGUCAAUCAAGUCAAUGUAGUACAAAAUCUUCAGAUUCUAGCGUACAUCCUACGCCUUCGCCUUUAGUAGAUUCCUUAUUGAAAUCUCUGGCCAAAGACCAGCAACCUUUAGAACCUAGAAAUCAAACAAUUGCUAAUACGGAAAAAGAAUCAGAACCAGUGAAAACGAGUUUAAUUAUCGAAAAUAUAAGUAAUCAAACAUCCUUAGUACCAAAUAAUCAAGUUGGUGGUACUUCUUCACUGCCUCCGCGUACACCUAUUCCUCCAGAAUCAUUAAAAUGCAAUAUAUUAAAAGCAAAGUCUUUAGAACAAGGGAAAAAUUCAAAUUUAGUUUCAAUUACGUCUAUGGAUACACCUACAGUUAUUAGUAAAAAUAAUCAGCAUUCUGAUGCAGCAACAAUUGUAUCGGUGGGAGGAGAUAAAUUGACACUUUCAGUAAGCGGAACUACAAUGAUAAAUCCAUCUGCUGAUGACAACGUGACUGUAACACACUUUUCUCUAGACAGCUGGGGACAAAUUGAACAAAAAACAACACAAUUGAAUCCUAAAAUUUCAAAUCAAUCUCAAAAUCCAUUCAAUCCAUUUACUAGCGAUAAUAAUAACGAAAUUACUAAUAAUAUUUCUGAAAAUACCGAGGAAGAUACAAAAACAGAAGAAGAAAAAACAAAUACAAACCCGUUCAUUGAUUCAAAUCCAUUUUUGGGCUUGCUUAAUCCUUUUAAAGAAAUACAACCUAUGGCUGAAAAGAAAGCUGAAGCGGAAAUAGAAAAAAAUGGAGCGAGAGUCGUAAAAACUGAAGAGAUACAAACUACUACUACGACUCUUACUCACAAGGAUGAUAAUUCGGCAGUUUCUGAUAUAAGUCCUUGGUUAGUAGCCGAUCCACAAACAACGACAACAGAUCAAACUCCAAUUAAACAUACUGUAAUCACGAGGAAGACCGUAAUUACAACGCAAUUGUAAAAUAUUAAUUAAUCAAUGAAAAAUACAAAAAAAUAACGAAUAAUAU